AUGGCGAAACCAAAGCCGACGCCGUCGAAGCAGGCAGCUGGCAAGAGUCAGCCUGGUGCAUCGACUCCAGCAACCAACGUAGCUGUCCGCAGGCCGGCAGCUGUAGAGGGGAAGAAGUCUUCGCUGCCAGAGUUGUUUCUAGCUGCUACUAUGGGAGCGGCUGCGAUAGGCCUUGCUGGGGCUUAUUCUUAUGUAUCUCAGCUGACGCUUGCUCCUGUAUACGGCUCCGCGCCCGCUGGCAAAUACCACACUGCAACUACACUGAUCGCAGCGGCGGCGGGCUCACUCUGUCACUCUUGGGUUCAAAAAUACACCCGUCCGAUGGUCUCGCUACCAAUCCUUUCAUUCUACAUUCCUACCAUUCAGUUCUUUAUGUUCAAGCUCAGUUCUACCCUUGGACCUGUUCUGGGACCCAUCUUUACGGAAGCACUCACCUUUGCUCCCCUGGUUGCGAUGUCGAUCGUUAUUCCAGGACUCCUGAUACAGAAGUUGAACCUGAGUCCCAGAUUGAAGCAAGGCAUGGAGCAAGGAAAUAUCCUGGCCGCAUAUGCUCUCUUUAACGCCUCCAAGGCCAAAUUUGAGCAGGUUAUGCCCUACUAUCUGGGAACAAGCCUUGCGAUGACAAGCAUGGGGCUUCAAUUCAUCAUUGCCACCCUUCAAGCCAUUUUCCUACCGUCAAAAUGGAUUAUUCUUGCGAUACCUUCCCUAUUGUUUACAGCCACUUUCAACCACCAUGCUCCAUUACCGUACAACACAGACCUACUCAAUGCUUCUCUCAAAGCAGAAAAUUUUACUUUGCUUCACCGCCAGGAGUCUUUAACCGGAUAUUUAUCCGUUCUGGAAAAUACGGAUGCCAAAUUCCGAGUGAUGAGAUGCGGCCACAGUCUUUUGGGUGGAGAGUGGCUGCCACAUUUUAUGACCAAAGACGCCAAAGUAUCUGACCCCGUUUUCACCGUCUUUACAGCUCUUGAGGCCGUCAGAUUGGUCAAGAAAGACUCUCAUAAGCCGGAGAAGGCUGAUUCAAAGAAAAGUGCUCUAGUUAUACAUGAGACCCCUGUUCAGAAGUAUGACUACAUCAUCCAUGAUGUUUUCACCGGGGGUGUGGAGCCAUUGGACCUGUUCACCCAGGAUUUCAUGCAAGGACUUGACACCAUGCUGGACGACGAGGGUGUUAUUGCUAUCAACUAUGCUGGUGACAUUGCCCUGCCACUCGCUGGCCUGGUUGUCCGAGCUAUCACUUCCACAUUCUCGUCGUGUAGGAUAUUCCGUGAUAAUAAACCAUUACCAGGCUCAUCGUCUAGAAGAGACCUCACGAACAUGACUAUCUUCUGCAAGAAAACACCGGGUACCAUAAAAUUCAGGAUCCCCGAACCCAAGGACUAUCUAGGAACCUAUUCGAGAAAGGACAGCUUGAUACCGCGCCUUGAAUUUAGUCCGGAUGCCUUCUCGAAGGAUGCCCAGGGCAAUGACGAUGCUUUGGGUCCAAGUGCGCCAAAGGAACUCGCCUAUUGGCAGUUCCAGGGAGCAAUCGGCCACUGGCAUGUUAUGCGCAGUGUACUUCCAGAUAGUGUCUGGGAGAAAUGGUGA